AUGGAAUCAAAUAAUACUCCUAAUAGUCAGUCUCAAUCCUACUUUAUCCUUGUUAACUUCCCAUAUGACAGCUUUGCUCCCAAUGUAAACAUUGGUUCCUCUCAAAUCCCUGCUUUUAGUUCACAAACUAGUUCACAGCCAAGUCAACCUCCUAGUCAACCAGAAGAGAUAGCAGAACAGCGUAGGGAGAGAAGGAUAUGGUCCACACAAGAUGACUUAGUCCUAAUAAGCGGCUGGUUAAACACAUCGAAGGAUGCAAUAGUUGGGAAUGACCAAAGGGCAGGGUCCUUUUGGAAGCGUAUAGGAGACUAUUAUGCAUCAAGUACUCAUGUACUUGGUGGUGCUGAGCCAAGACGCCCUGGCCAUUGUAGACAAAGAUGGCAAAAAAUCAGUAAGGAAGUGAGCAGGUUCUGUGGAGCUUAUGCAGAGUCAAAGGGUGAGAAAGCUAGUGGCAUGAAUGAUUUGGAUAUUCUGCAAAAUGCUCACCAAAUCUUCACUAAGCUGUACAAGAAGAAGUUUGGUUUGGAGUAUGCUUGA